CAGUUGGCCGCUAUUACAGUAGGUAGGCGCUUGAGUGUCCCGCAGGCGCAGAGAGGAGUUGCGCUUCACGCUUUCGCUUCAUGGCUCAGCGGUCUGCUCACCUUGUCCCCAUCGCGCUGCUGGUGUUUGGACUUGCCGGAAUCCUGCUCCUUACUAUUUCCACCGAGGAUGUUCUGGAGGAACCUGAGCUCAGGUAUGGGAUUGUCCUGGAUGCUGGAUCCUCACACACAUCUUUAUACAUAUACAAGUGGCCAGCAAAUAAGCAAAAUGGCACAGCCGUGGUCACCCAGCAUAGCAAAUGUCACGCUGAGGGUGAAGGAAUUGCAAGUUAUGCAGGUCAACCGGGAGCAGCAGGGCAAAGCUUAGAAGCAUGUCUGGAUCACGCAGUGAAGAGCAUCCCAAAAGACAAGCACCAGCUCACACCUGUGUACCUGGGAGCCACAGCCGGCAUGAGGCUUCUGCAUUUAUCUAGUCCAGAGCUGUCCACUCAGAUUCUGAAGGAAGUGGGACAAAAAAUCCAGUCCUACCCUUUCAACUACCGGGGAGCAGCCAUACUGAGUGGCAAAGAAGAGGGGGCAUAUGGAUGGGUCACAGUUAACUAUCUCUCAGAGAACUUUAUUAAGUAUGGCUUUGAGGGGCACUGGUUCAGCCCCAGCAGACCGACAGUGGGAGCUCUCGAUCUGGGUGGCGCGUCCACGCAGAUAACAUUUGCUACUGAGGAAAAAAUCGAGAACAAAGACGAUCUGAUGAAGCUGCGCCUUUAUGGUCAUGAGUAUACUCUGUACACACACAGCUUCCUGUGCUAUGGGAAGGACCAGUUCCUCAUGACACUGCUGGCUCAUAUAAUGGAGUCUCAGGGUUACCCUCAGUCUGUCACUCACCCCUGCUAUCCUGCAGACCACAGCAGGACGGUGAAGCUCAGCAGUAUACUCGACUCUCCAUGUACAGUAAAGUACAAACCCAGCUCCUACGACCCUCAUGCUUCUGUGACAGUACAUGGCAGCGGACACUAUGAAUACUGUCUGGGUAACGUGUCUGAAGUCUUCUCCUUCAACAGCUGUCCCUUCUCCCAGUGCUCAUUUGACAAAGUCUUCCAACCAAAUGUCACCGGAGGUUUCAUGGCUUUCUCUGCUUUCUUCUAUGUUCACUCAUUCCUUCAGCAAGUCACUGGCAUAACUGCUAGCUCUCCUUCAGAACUACAGGAUGUGACCAAAAAAGUGUGCAGCAUGAGUUUCACCCAAAUGAUGCUUCUCGCUCCAGAGCAAAAGUCCCGUUUGCAUUACUACUGUGCUGCCUCUGUGUUUCUCAAUACUCUCAUGUUGAGAGGAUAUGGUUUCAAUGACACAACAUUCCCACACAUUUCUUUUCAGAAGAAGGUUGCUGACACCAUGGUGGGUUGGGCUCUGGGCUACAUGCUGAGUUUAAGCAAUUUGUUGCCAGCAGAGCAACUGGAGCUGAGAAAGGCCCUGACCCCAGGAGUGUGGGGAUCCCUCAUCUUUCUUUUUGUCAUGCUCCUUGCCGCAGUGCUUUCCUUCUGCUUAUUUAGAGUUUAUAAUGGACAGAAUAAGAAAAGAGGCAGUGAAAGCACAAUUUAGCUAAGAAAUUAUGUCAGUUUUUUAUUUUGCUCUGAACACUGACCCGGCAAGGAAGAUUUGGAGCAAAAUUUGAGUUUUAAUUUAAGCAUAUUCUCUGUUAUAUAAUACCAUAGUUUGCUUUUGAAAAAAUAAUUUUUACACUAAUUGACUUAUUUUUAACUAGUGCUAAAUGUAAACUGUGGUUUGUUAAUUGACUGCAAAAGUUUUAACACGACAUAUACAAAAUGUUUUGACUUUAACAUGUUUAUACAGUUUGCUGCUUUAACCUAUAAUUGAGUGGUAUGUAUAAAAUGAGUGAAACCAUUGCAUCAACUUGCUGUGAAUGUAAACUACUUUAAAGCUGACAGUGAGUA